GAGAGAGGGAUAUAAGAGGAGGAACUUUAGUAGCAGGGCACAGAAAGGCCUGGCCUCAGUGAAGGACAACCCUGGCAACAAUUUGCAAAGGGAAAUAUUCACAAUACACCAUUGAAAGGACUUAUCCGACCUCCAAGUUGUUGCAAAGAGAAAGUAACUGUCGUGGCUGAAUCCUGACCAUCGGCCUCGCUGCGCGUGCCAUGUUGACCGUGAGGAGACCGGCCGUACUCUUGCACUCUGCCCGGUCGAAGCCUCCGCAGCUCAGUGGGCGUUGUUCUGGGUGGCUGCAGUCAGCCUACUUCUCGAGCCGUCCCGGGGGUUGGCGCGAGGUUGUCGAGCCGGAGGCCUGGAGAAAGUGGGCGGAUGACGUCCGGCGCUGGGCACGGGGCUGGCUGAAGGAUUGCGGCGGAUCGGGUGGCAUGGCCCGACAGAAGCUGGUGUCGAUUUUCGCGAGUCAGUGCAGCUACGUGACCGGGCAGAGGCUGCGGAGGGCCCAGCAGAUCGGGCAGCUGUACAACAACUUGUACUCGGAGCGGUCCCGCCGGAGCCUGCUCUCCAGCCUGUGGAGGCAAUUCCACAGCCGGAACCGGGGCACCGGCAAGCUGGUGGCAGCCUUUGCUGCCGUCUUCAUGUGGGACAACGAGAGGAUUCAGGAUGAGGAGCUGCAGCGGUGCCUGAGCGAAUUCAGAAGCCUGGAUGCACCGACUGUGGAGAAACCCAGAAGCUGGGAGCGGGCGGAAUGCGAGCACCAGCAGCAGCGGGACAGCACAUGGGAGCUGGUGAUAGACAGACCCAGCUUCCGGCUCUGGCGCAGGCCCAUUCCGAGCAGCCACCUCUACCAGUACCGAGUGUUCGGAACGUACACGGAUGUCACCCCUCGGCAGUUCUUCAACGUGCAGCUCGACACAGAGUACAGGAAGAAAUGGGACGAGCUGGUCAUCAAGCUGGAAGUCAUCGAGCGGGAUGAGCUAUCCGGAUCGGAGAUUGUCCACUGGGUCACGCAUUAUCAGUACCCCCUUUACUCGAGAGACUAUCUGUACAUCCGACGCUACCACGUGGACCAAAAACACAAUCUGAUGGUGUUGCUGUCAAGGGCUGUCGAACACCCGGAUGUCCCAGAGAGCCCCAACUAUGUGCGGGUAACCGCUUACCAGUCGCAGAUGGUGAUCAAGCCGCACCGGUCGUUCGACGAGAAUGGCUUUGACUACCUGCUCACGUACAGCGAUGACCCCCAGACCGUUUUCCCUCGCUACUGCAUCAGUUGGAUGAUGUCCAGCGGCAUGCCUGACUUCCUGGAGAAGCUGCAUGCAGCCGCGGUCCAGGCGAGGAACAUGGAAAUCAAGGUGAAGGAUUACAUCAGUGCCCGGAUGCCCGAAAGCCCCGACCCCAAGCAAUUGCAGAACGCCGAGAGGCAGGAGAAAAGCUGCAGCUCCCAGCAGAUGGACUACGCGUAGGACUCUCCCGUUUGCUGACUGCAGAGAUGCGUGAGGGGUGCUGGAUGCCCAGGAGAAUGCCUGGGGAUGGGGGAUGGGGUGUGGGGGGGCGCAGGAGGCAGGGGGCAGGGUUGGGGGUGAAGAGAGGGUUCAGGUGAUACCAGCUGAGCCUCUGCAACAAGUCCAAGUAGGGGCAGACCCUCUGAGUUUUUGGGCUGCUUUCCACAGAAGAACAGUAUCUCCGUCUCGGGAAAGGCUGUCAGUGGGGGUGGGGGGGUGUGCUGGGCAGACGGAGGGGUGUGGGCGCUUUUUGUUUUGCUAGUAUAGGGUGCAAAGAGUCACAUUUGUCUGCAAAGCUUGAACAAUUAAAAAAACACCCACCUAUUACGCACUAACAGACACUGCAUUUGUAAUUCAGAAGUCCAGCCUAGAUUCCAGAUUCAGUCCUUCUGGAAUUGUUUUCGAGUGACUUUGAGGGGUGGGAGCAGGGAGAGUGUAGCACUUCAUUGCAAUGUUAAUUUUUGCAUUUUUAUUUUGUACUCACACACAUGCACGCACCAUCUCUCCCUCUUCCCUCCCCCUGGCUGAUAUAAAGUUUUGAGCUUUGUUAUUUACACUGGUUUUGUUACAGUAGUUGUGACUAUGCGCAUGUUGUCUAAAAGCAAAUUGGUUUGUUUUCUUUUGCAGGAGGUUCAGUGCUGAAGUAUUUUAAAAAUAAAAUCUUAGUAUUUUGUAA